CUUAAAAAUGGUGACUGCCGUAGUAGUGUCCUUGGCGUCUACGCUUAUUGCCGUCACUUCACCUUCGUACUCUUCCUCCUUUUUGACGAAAUUACGGUCUGCCCACAGUCUCCGACUUUCUUUUGCAGUUACACACCUGUGCUCUCGCAGAGGGAAGCUCAUGGCUCACACUCUCGCUCAGGCCAAUCUCGGCCUCACUCACCCAUCCUGCAUCGACGCCCCUAAGAUCUCUUUUGCUGCGAAAGAGCUCGAUGCAGCAGAAUGGAAAGGAGACCUACUUGCAGUGGGUGUCACAGAGAAAGAUUUGGCGAAAGAUGAGAACUCCAAGUUUCAAAAUUCAGUAUUGAAGAAGCUAGAUUCCCUUGGUGGUCUAUUGGCUGAAGCAUCUUCUGAGGAAGACUUCACCGGAAAGUCUGGCCAGUCAACAGUUGUUAGGCUUCCAGGUCUUGGCUCGAAGAGGGUCGGCUUGUUUGGGCUUGGCCAAUCUGCUUCGUCUACAGAGGCUUUCCAAGGUCUUGGUGAGGCUGUAGCAGCAGCAGCAAAGGCUGUUCAAGCCGGUGACAUUGCUAUUGUGCUUGCCUCUUCAGAGGGGAUUUCUGCGAAAUCUAAUACUGCUUCUGCAAUAGCUUCUGGAACUGUGCUGGGGAUAUAUGAAGAUAAUAGGUACAAAUCAGAGUCAAAGAAUCUUCUAAAAUCUGUGGACAUUCUUGGUCUCGGAACUGGACCUGAAGUAGAGAAAAAGCUCCAGUAUGCUGAAGAUGUUACUUCUGGAAUAAUUUUUGGGAAAGAGCUAGUAAAUUCACCUGCCAAUGUUCUUACACCUGGGAAACUAGCUGAAGAGGCCUCAAAGAUUGCUUCCACAUACAGUGAUGUUCUGUCUGCAAAUGUAUUAAAUGAAGAGCAAUGCAAAGAACUGAAAAUGGGUUCUUAUUUGGCUGUUGCCGCAGCCUCAGCAAAUCCUCCACAUUUUAUUCACUUGAUUUACAAACCCCCUGGUGGACCUGCUAAGGUCAAAUUAGGGUUGGUUGGUAAAGGACUGACCUUUGACAGCGGUGGCUACAACAUCAAGACAGGGCCUGGCUGUUCAGUUGAACUCAUGAAAUUUGAUAUGGGAGGUUCAGCAGCCAUAUUAGGUGCAGCAAAAGCCAUUGCUCAAAUCAAACCGCCUGGUGUAGAAGUUCAUUUCAUUGUUGCAGCUUGUGAGAAUAUGAUAAGUGGAACAGGUAUGAGGCCUGGAGACAUUGUGACAGCAUCAAAUGGAAAGACAAUUGAGGUCAAUAACACUGAUGCUGAGGGUAGACUUACUCUGGCAGACGCAUUGGUAUAUGCUUGUAACCAAGGUGUUGAUAAGAUUGUUGACCUGGCAACCUUAACGGGUGCUUGUGUAGUUGCUCUUGGACCCUCAAUAGCAGGCGUCUUCACACCAAGUGAUGACCUGGCGAAGGAGGUAUUUGCAGCUUCAGAAAUCAGUGGGGAGAAAUUUUGGAGGUUGCCAUUGGAGGAGAGUUAUUGGGAGACAAUGAAAUCCGGAAUAGCUGAUAUGCUCAACACCGGUGGUCGUGCAGGUGGUUCAAUCAAUGCUGCUCUCUUCUUGAAGCAGUUUGUGGACGAAAAGGUUCAGUGGAUGCACAUUGACAUGGCCGGGCCUGUUUGGAAUGACAAGAAACGCACUGCUACAGGGUUCGGUGUUUCCACUCUGGUGGAGUGGGUUCAGAAGAACUCUUCUUAGGUGGCUGAAGCAUCCGUCGACAUAAGCAUCACCAGCCGAGGCAACAGAAGCAUCUUGAUGUGCCGCGAGUCGACUUUAGUUAAUGAAUAAAAUGUGCAGGAAAAGAAAUGGAAAGGGUUAAUGGACCUAGCCUCCUAGGCAUGGUCUUGUUCAAGUUUUUACCUUUUAUCAUGUCGUUAGAACGUUAAAAGUUUAAAUAAAAAGAGAGAGCUUAUGAGUAAA